ACCAGACUCCAUAUCUCUCGUUAUAGCCAGUCUACCCAAAUUGAUCACCCCACCGCACUAUAAAUACGUUGGGAAAAGACAGUUUUGUUAUCAAAUCGUAACGAUUUUUUUUUCGACAAUGGUAGCCAAAAAACAACUUCUUGUGGUCGGUGCCGGAGCCUCCGGGCUCCCGUCUAUCAGACAUGCCCUGCUUCACCCAAACGUCGAAGUGACCUGCUUCGAAAAAUCCGGAGAUAUCGGAGGACUGUGGAACUUUAAGCCCGAUCAAACGGACCUGUCAACCGUUAUGAAGUCGACUGUAAUCAAUACGUCCAAAGAAAUGACCGCAUAUUCGGAUUUCCCGCCGGAAGACACUAUGGCAAACUUCAUGCAUAACAGAGAAAUGUGCAGAUAUUUGAAGAGCUACGCCGAGCAUUAUGGGCUUCUGAAGCAUAUUAAGCUCAAUCAUAGUGUGGUUUCGAUUGAGAGAAAUCAUGAUUACAGUACCACUGGAAAAUGGAAGGUUCGGUACACUGAUGAAUCCGGAAAAUUCCACGAAAAGAUCUUCGACGGAGUUAUGAUCUGCUCCGGACACCACGCGAUCCCACACAUUCCCGAACCAUGGCCAGGACAGGAAAAAUUCAAAGGCCGAAUUAUUCAUUCUCAUGACUAUAAGGAUCAUAAAGGCUAUGAGGAUAAGGUGAUUGUUGUCGUUGGAAUCGGGAAUUCCGGCGGUGAUUGUGCAGUCGAGCUGAGUCGUAUCGGCAAACAAGUCUACCUGGUCACUCGACGCGGAAGCUGGAUUUUCAGCCGACUUUCUGAUCGUGGAGAACCGGUCGACCUGGUUUUUAAUACAAAAUUCCAAAUGCAGCUAGUUGAUAUGAUCCCCAGCUCAAUUAUGAACUGGAAUUUCGAGAGAAUUUUGAACAACAAGGUGGACCACGAGAAGUAUGGAUUGAAGCCGAAGCAUGCGGCAAUGGCAGCUCAUCUCACCCUCAACGACGAGUUGCCGAAUCGAAUUGCCUGUGGAACCGUUCGUGUCAAGCCAGGAAUCAAGUCAUUCACCGAGACAGGCGUUCAAUUCGAUGAUGGAUCUUUUGUGGAAGGAGUCGAUGAAGUUAUUCUUGCCACUGGAUUCUCCUACCAUUUUGACAUGAUCGAGGGCGGAAAAUUGAUUGAAGUCGAUGAGAAUAAGUCGGAUAUCUACAAGUAUGUAUUUCCUCUGGCAACUGCUGACCAUAAUACUUUGGCGGUGAUUGGGUUGAUUCAGCCUUUGGGAUCGAUUAUGCCGAUCAGUGAGAUGCAGGCGAGAGUCUAUAUGGAGUCAUUUGCAAAUGGGAUGAAGCUUCCGAGUAAAGAUCAGAUGCUGACCGACAUCGCCGAAAAACGAGAAAUCAUGAGUGCUCGCUACGUGGCAAGUCGUCGUCACACUAUUCAAGUCGACUAUGCCUCCUAUAUGCAUGAACUUGGUGAAAUCAUCGGAUGCAACCCGGACAUGAGAUCUCUCUGGAUGUGGAAGCCCUUGACAGCCUGGAAAGUAUACUUUGGCCCGUGUGUUCCAUAUGUGUUCAGAUUGAAUGGUCCGAAUAAGUGGGAAGGCGCCGAGGCGGCGAUCUGGGACGUGGAUUAUCGAUCGGAGAGAGCUACGAAUAGUAAAAUCGCGAGGAAGAGUUUGGAGGGAAAGAAGCGACAGUGAACUAUAGUAUAUGUUAUAUGUUCUAAUUAUUUUGUAAAAAAACCUUUAUGAAAAUAAAAAUCAAUCACAAUGGCUU